UAAGGCAAUUGUUGUUUAUAAAAUUUUCGUAUAUAAAUGAGACAUAGCAUCAUAGCUUCUUUUCGCUUCUUCAACCUCCUUUUCUUGCACACAUGUCUGCCCUUCGUUCUAUUCGCUUGUCGAGCGUUGCAAAGGCUGCUCGCUUCAACAUCGCCCCCGCCACUGCUAUCGGUGUCCGUGCUUACUCCUCCAAGACCAAGUCUUUGAAGGAACGCUUUGCCGAGCUCAUCCCUGAGAAGCAGGAGCAAGUCAAGGCCUUCAAGUCCAAGCACGGGAAUGACGUCCUUGGUGAAGUCACCGUCGACAUGGCUUACGGUGGUAUGCGUGGUAUCAAGGGUCUCAUCUGGGAAGGUUCCGUUCUUGAUGCUGAGGAAGGUAUCCGUUUCCGUGGCAAGACCAUCCCAGAGUGCCAAAAGGAAUUGCCUGCCGCUGAGGGUGGUGAGGAACCCCUUCCCGAAUCUCUCUUCUGGCUUUUGGUCACUGGUGAAGUCCCCACCCAAGAACAAGUCAAGGAGCUCUCUGCCGAGUGGGCUGCCCGCUCUGAUAUCCCCGAGUUCGUUGAGGAAAUCAUCGACCGUUGCCCCAAGUCUCUCCACCCCAUGUCUCAAUUCUCCUUGGCCGUCAAUGCUCUUCAACACGAAUCUCAGUUCGCCAAGGCUUACCAUCAAGGUAUCCACAAGAAGGACUACUGGAACCCCACUUUCGAGGAUUCCAUGGAUUUGAUUGCCAAGCUCCCCAACAUUGCUGGUCGUAUCUACCGCAACGUUUACAAGGAUGGCAAGCUUCCCGCCAUCGAUAUGGACAAGGAUUACGGUCAUAACUUGUCCAAGUUGCUCGGUUUCUCUGAGAACAAGGACUUUGUUGAAUUGAUGCGUCUUUACCUCACCAUCCACUCUGAUCACGAAGGUGGUAACGUCUCUGCCCACACUACUCACUUGGUUGGCUCUGCCCUCUCUGAUCCUUACCUCUCCUUGGCUGCCGGUCUUAACGGUCUCGCUGGUCCCCUCCACGGUCUCGCUAACCAGGAAGUCUUGAGGUGGACCCUUAAGAUGAAGGACCAAAUCGGUAUCAACGCUGAUGAGCAAACUGUCAAGGACUACGUCUGGGCUACCCUCAAGGGCGGUCAAGUCGUUCCCGGUUUCGGUCACGCUGUCCUCCGUAAGACUGAUCCCCGUUACAUGGCUCAGCGUGAGUUCGCUCUUAAGCAUUUGCCCAACGACCCUCUCUUCGGUCUUGUCAGCAAGUUGUACAACAUUGUGCCCGGUGUCUUGACUGAGCACGGAAAGACCAAGAACCCAUGGCCCAACGUCGAUGCCCACUCCGGUGUCCUUCUCCAAUACUACGGUCUUGUUGAGCAAGACUACUACACCGUCCUCUUCGGUGUCUCCCGUGCCCUUGGUGUCCUUUCUCAACUCUGCUGGGAUCGUGCCCUCGGUAUGCCCUUGGAGCGACCAAAGUCAUACUCCACUGACCACUUGAUCAAGAUGCUCGGUAACAAGGCCUAAGCUAUCCCCAAAAACAUUCACAUUCCUGCAAGAAAAGAAAAGAAAAGAUCAAAAAUUUGAAAGGCUUGCUUUCUAGAUGUAAACCAAAAAAAAAAAUUUACGUGUAUUCUCCAAAAUGGCUUUCCAACCUUUUUCUUCUUUUUUUCACUCGACUUUUGUACAUUUUUCCAUCCUAUCCUCUUUUCUCUCUUGACACGCAUGGACAUGAUAACUUCAUCUUCAUUGUGAAAUGGAGCCAACCAUAAUAGAAUCAAAGUUCGCAACAAAAAUCUUUGCAUUUUCGUUCAAUAUGUGUAUGUUUCAAUGGCAUUUCAAGUGAGAAUCUUACA